CUCGGCGCCGCGACUCCCACCCUCAUCAGAAUGACACCAACCUGUCCGAAUGUUCUGAACUUCGACUUCUACCCAAGAAACCAUCCCAAAGCCGUCGGCGUUUCCGUUCUCUCACACCCAACAGAGUGCGUUCUGGUCUUGUCCGUCCACUCCAGUUGCGACGGGACACCAAAUGAAUGGCCGACGGUCCGACCGACACCAGACAAGUCCUUGUCCUCCCAGCAAGAACUUCCGUCAAGAGUCCCUUUUGCUUGCAAUGCGGCGGUACGGCAGUGAAGAACAAGAAUGGGAAAGCUGAGCGGCUUGUCUCUUGUGCCCUGUGUGGGCUCAGUGACCAUCCGAGUUGCCUAAGCCUGAGCAGAAUUGCAACCAAAAACGUUCAGGGGUACGACUGGUCGUGCAGGGACUGCAAGAGCUGCUUCGUUUGUCAAAAGCCAUCGGAGGAACUGCUAUUAUGUGAUCAUUGCGACCGGGCGUCGCAUCUUGAGUGCGUGGAUCCGCCAUUGAAAAAGAUACCCAAAGGACGAUGGCUAUGCCAUAUAUGCAAGGACGCGACGUAGAUCGGUCAGGACGCAUCACAAACAUCUAUAGAGUCUCAGAUUGGGCCAGCAAAGAUUACGCCGCAACGGGUGGGUGAC